AAUGAAAGAACGGUUAUUAUCUAAAAUAAAUUAACAAUUGAACAAGUUAACAGUUAAAUUGGACCAUUUUAUUGAAGCAUUUGUACAUGAUACUUGGUAAAUCAUUGAAGUAGAUAAACCAACAGUAAAAAAGUUGGAAUCGAUCGAUAAUCGAUGGAAGAAAGAGAAGAUGAAUUUUCGCAUAGAAAGUUAAAAAAACGUGCUCACCGCUGGAUAGAAUAUAUCCGCGCAGCAUCGCGUCGCGUCGUGGCGUAGUCGAAAAUUUUGCACGCGCGCUCUCGAGUCGGCGCUUUGGCUUGUGGCUGUGUGCGUACGCGUGCGAGCUAUUAGCGCGUAUACCUAUAUGUAUAUCAACAGUACACAAGCGCACGUGACACAAACGCGGGGCAUGGAAGUAGGGGAAAAGUGAAAGAGGGAGAGCCGCACACACGAAAAUUCUACGUGGAAGCAGCGUAAAAACGCCGAGGGAGUGAGCGCGAGAGAGUAGCCUAGAAAGAGACGGCGAGCUACUUACACUGUUACAGGCACCAAACUACACGAGUCCCUCUUUCUCUCUCUCUCUCUCUUUCUUUCUCGCUCGCUCGCUCGCUCGCUCGCUCACUCACUCGCUCACUCACUCUUUUACUUUCGGAGCGCGAGUUCUUGCGAGGCAUAUAUAGUUACGGCAGUCGGUCGCCGUCGAGCGUAGUAGUGCUUGUAAUUAUGCGCGCAUUUUAAAGUACCGUAGCAGGUAGCAGUAGUAGUGGAAGCUCGCGCGCACAUCAGAGAGUGGAAAAAGGGACGGGAUCGUUAAAGGGCAGAGAGAGAGACGGAGCGAACGUGCGCCGGAGGGAGGAUUUUUGUAGGGGAAGGGAUAGAGAGAUAGCUAGGCGCCUAGGAAUAAGGGCAGGAAUGUAGCUACAUCGACCCAGAGUUCUAUUCGCACAGCACAGUACUUGCAGAGCUGCAUUGCCAUGACCUAACCUCUCGACAAUUAUUUAUCAGCGCUCUCCUCGACGCUCCUCGUCACUCAGCUCGCUGCUCGCGUAACCAGUGUAUACUCGGACAGCAAACUAUAGCACGCAGCUACACACCAACUACGCGGUGGCUCUUUGAGCUCCUGUCGUCACAACUCUUCGUCCUAACUCCGGCUGCUUUUUUAUCUGGGGCGCCUGGAAUGGCUGUCACCUGCAUGGCCGCGUCUGCUCUAGCUGUCUCUCUCUCCUCUUCGUCUUCCUCCUCGUCGCCGCCACCACCGCCGUCAUCGCCUCAACCGUUGCAGCUCAGCUGCUGCACCCACAGCUGGUUUUAAAUGCUUCUCGGCGAUGGCAUCUGCGACAGACCUGCCUGAAGCCAGCGCGAAAAUGAUUGCCGAUCCGCUGUUUAACCAGGUUUUUUAUUUUCGAAUUGAAGUGACAGUUCUAUUUAUUUGAUGAUUCUGCAAUCAGAUCCUGUCAAAAGGCUAUUCAAUCAGCCUAAUAUUGUCAUUCAUGCUAUCCCUCGAACUAAUUCACCAACAGCUUAUAGGAUGAUUAGGCCAAAACCAUUUGCAGAUAGUAAAACUGAUAAUAAUAAUACAGUGCAACAAUUAUCAGAAAAAACAGAACUAUCAGUAAAAGUAGUACAUUCAAAAGAAAAUACUAUAGAAGAAGAGAAUCUUUUACCAUCUAAAAGUAAUGGAAAGUCUGAAAUUUUGUUAGUUCCAAUUGUUAGAACAAGAAAAGAUUGUGGACAUUUUGAACCUUGUGAAAGUUUAGUUUGUGAUGUUAUUGUACAACAAUAUGAAGAUGAAGAAGGAAUUACACCACUCAUUUCAAUUAAUAUUGAGGAUGAUGAAAUAGAUGCCCCUGCUGCAAAACACUGUGAGAACAAAAAUUGUGAUGCCCUUAGUAUAGAUCAUAAUCGAUGUCGUAGAGCACUCAUCCAAUUGUAUCAUUGUGAUAAACAUAGUGUAUGUGAUAUAUGUGAAGUUACAUUGACAAAUACUAAAGCUCGUCUAAAUCAUAAAAAAUGUAGGAGGAAAGCUUUCUACCAAUAUAAUAUAGCAAGUCCUACAGAGAUUUUUAAACUGAGAAUGCGUGAGAGGGAGUUGCAAAUAUUGGAAGCUGCAAAAUUGAAGAGAAGUGAAGAUUAUCUUGACCCUGUCAAAGGUUUUAGUCGUACAAUGGAAGCUCUAAUGAAAAAAGAUGAAUUAAUUAUUAUACCUAAAAUGCCUCCUCCUGACUAUAAACCCUUAAUACCGAAUUCUGCUUACAAGAAACAGAUCUUCAGCAACCUUAAGAAAAAUAAGAAGCAUUUCAAGAAAAGAAAAAUGGAAUCUCAGAAUAACAGUAAAGAACUAACAAGUGAAAUGAUAUCAGACAUCAUAAAAUCUUGUCAAAAUUAUAUUAUUAACAAAAAUUUGAAUGAAAAGAAUAAGGUAAUGCCUACAAAAAAAAUUAUGUUGUCAGAUCAUUUCAAUGGUGCUACAGUCAACAUUAUGAAUGUAUCACAAGAGGCACCUCAAGAUUGUAUCACUUUGAAUGAUCUAUCUGGAAUUAAUUCAAUUGCCAUUGAUAAUCAACAACAAACUAAUUUGAUUGCCAAAGAAAAAUCUCUGAAUAAUGUCAACUUGAAUUUAUUGGAGCAAUCAAAGCCUAAACCUACAGAAUCAUUAUCUGAAGUUGAAAAACCAACGGUAAAAGAGGCUGAGCAAUCACAAAUCACUUCUUCCGAAGUGGUACCAAUCGCGGAAUUGAAAUCGCAACCAUCCGCACAGCAUCAACAGCAAGGAGUUCCAAACUCUUGCGACGUACCAGAUACUGCAACGAUGGUCCAAUUAGCACCACAAGCGACGAAAUCCACCGAAAAGGAAAAGCGUGUCCCAAAACUGAAAAAUCCAGAGUCACCAUCGAAAUCACUAAAAACUUCCAAAGUAUUAACUUCCGGCAAAUUCCGUCCAUUAUUACCAUCUCUUGCGAAUGCCCCACGCAAUUUAGACGUCAAAAUCAGCGUAGUUUUAUUAUCUAGAAAAAAGAGAGGUAGAAAACGACUGCGCAAGAAAAUAAUAAAAGGCAAAUUUAAAUGCACUCACUGUUCAAAAAGAUUUUCUACAUUAGACUAUUGCAAAUUGCAUAUCGCCAAACACGAAAAUAAUCCGGGUUUCUUCUGUCGAUUGUGCGAGAAAGGUUUUCUUAACAAGUAUAUUAUGAACAAGCAUAUAGACGCUGAUCAUAAGCCUGGCGAGGUUCGAUGUGAGGUUUGCAGUAGUAUUUUACCGUCGCUCCGAGAUUUGUCCCGACAUCUAAAACGCCCUGAAAAACCAAUGAUACAAGAUUGUCCCGAGUGUAGUGAAACCUUCGAUACAUGUAAUACUUUGGAUGUUCAUCUGCGGAAAGAGCACGGUUUUCUUAUUUGCACUCUCUGUAAUCGUCAAGUCACGAAAAGCAAAGUCUGCAGACAUUUAAUACUGGAACACAGUCUGUCAAGAAAUCGAUCGGAAAAAAAUAUAGAUAAAUUAUAUAAAGAACCCAGUGAAGAGCAGGAAGUUCGCGAACUAGAUCUAGUUGAAGAAGUUGUUCCAUCUUUAGUGAAGGAAAAGAGGGAAGUUGUUAUUAAGACCGAUCCCGUCAGUGAAGCUAAAGUAGAGGCUAAAACUGUGGCUAAAACCGAGGCUAAAAUUGAAGUAGAUUGUUUGGCGAGAAAUAGAUCUAUUAGAAGACGAAGUUCCAAGGAAUUAUUUGUGUGUAGCGUUUGUGAUCGACGUUUCGAAAAUGAAAAACAGUAUCAGAUACACUUGUCCAAUAACCCCAUGAAAUUUACUCUCUGCCCCGUUUGUAGCAAAAAAUUCCACAGAAAAUCAGAAUAUACGGAACAUAGUAAAACUUGUAGUCAAUAUUCAGAAACACUAGUGACACCAGCUCCUAAAAGAAAAAAAUCAAGUGCAACAAAGGCUGACAAAACUAUCUUGAAGAGUGAGAAUGUUAUUGCUUCUAAAAACAGUAUUGACCAAAAACGAAAUGAAAACUUAGGAUUAAAAAAUUGUAAAAAAUUAAAGCUGAAUGAUGAUAAAAUUGUACAAAAAGAUGAUAAACAAGAAGAUGGCAACAUUUUGAAGAUUAAUGUUGAGAAUAAAAUUGCCAAUGGAUUAAAAAGCGAGUGUAAUGAUUGUUUAGAAAAUUUGAAAAUUAUUGAAAUUGAAAAUAAUGUUGAAAAGAAAAAUGAUAAUGAUGUUAUAAUUCAUGAUAAAAAUCAAGUUAUAUUGUUAAACUCAAUGAAAACAAAGUUAAAUUCUAAUGAAUCUGAACCAUUUGAUGCGUCAAGGGCAAUGACAAACAUCAUUCAAGAUCACAACUACUUAGCAUAGCAAUAAGUUAUAUUAUGAAAUUUUUAAUUUAUUUUAUAGAAUCGAGUUAACUUUUUUUUGUAGUGCACUUGAUAGCAGAGUUUCUAUGGAAUAACUAACUGAAAAGUGAGAAAAAGUGUGCAAACAUAGCUGUUGAUAUUUUAUUGAUUAUUAAUCUUCACUUUUAUUAAACGUCAAACGAAUUUGCAAGAUAUAUAAGAACGACGUAUUUGCUGUGAUAGGGUUGACAUUUGCCGAUAAUGUUUAAACUCUUAGUUAUUUUAUAAUAUGCUUUUAUACUUUCAAACAAAUAUUUGAGUUAAAAGCGGAAAAAUCGUUUUAUACUUAUUAAUUUAUAUAGAACAUAUACAGAAUGAUCAACUAUGAAGAUCAACAAUGACGAAGAUUUUUUCUACUACAUAACAACUUUCCUUUGCAUACAGAGUAAUGAAAUAAUAUACAUUUUUAUAGCUUUUGUCACUUUCAAGAUAAAUGUGAUAUGCUAAAGAGAUAGUAACUAAUUCAAUUAUGUCUUUGUAAUUAACAUACAAAUAAGAAAGUUAUUGAAUAAUAUCACUUAGUUGUAUUACUUCGGAUAGUAAAUUAAAUUAUUCCGUUUUUAACUUGAACAGUUAUUCCUUUAAUCAGACAUCCUAUUAAAAAUGGAGUGCCUUGUGAUUAACGUUACUGAGAUUCCUCUCAGAAACGUUUACAUUGAUUUUUUAAUUAUUUAGCAAAUAUUAUUUAAAUAACAAAUUCGCACAAUCAAUAUGACAACUUUGUGAUCAUUAAUUUAUAUCAAUAAAUUGAAAACGUGAUAACACAUUAGGCAAAUACCUAUAUUUAUGUAUUUAGUGAUUUUUCAAGUCAAUUUUAUAAAUGAAUUCAAUGAUAACUAUCAUAAU